AUGUUGGUUUCCGACCAGCUUCUUAUAGGAGGAAUUAACAUCUCAGAAGUUCAAAUUCAUAACUUAGCCAUGGAUACGGGCAAGGCAGCUCUCUUGACAACUCAAUUGAUAUUCGCAAGUGCUAUAGGUAUCCCAUCCUUUUUGCUGUUUUGUUUCCUUCGAACUCGUUGGAACACGAUGUUUGCACCAAGAAGCCGUCUAGCUAG